GCACCGCCCCAGGCGCAUGCGCAGUGCCUGCCUGACGUCGCUGCCCUCCGGGUGCCCUUAAUGCCGGCGGAGGCUGCAAGGGAGGCAGGACGUGGUGAUGUUUGCAUUUGGCACGCUGUGCUGUGUGGACCAGAAAGAAUGGAGUCAUUGGAAGAUUAUGUAAAGAUAAAGAUGUAAAUACCACUUUAAAAGAGUAAUAAUGGGACCGGGCAUUCAAGAACAUCCGUUAUUAGUGCACCGAAAGGCACAGAAAAAGGAAAGCCAAAUCAAUGAAAACCACAAAGGAAUGGUAAAUAACAGUAAUGGAAAAAGCCACCCAAGCACCAAAGGAGUAAAGAAAUCAGUUUCUCAUGUGAAAUCUCCUGGAAGAUUAUGCAAAAAUGUGCCAACUACCAAUGAAAAGACUUCCUGUGACACUCAAGACGAUAACCAACGAAGUGUUUUUAAGAAGGGGAGGAACCAAUUAGAUGACAGUACUCAGUCAAAACAAAUCACAAGUGUUUGCACAUCUCUGCCCAGAGUUGAAAGGUCAAAGAGGAGUCUCCCAGAAACAAGGCAAAGUGAAUCUUUAGUGCACAGGAUCCCUCCUGCCACAAAAGGCAGCACACAAGGUAGCUUCUGUAAAGUUAAAGAUGUCCAAGUGCAACAUUUUUAUUGCAGUAAAAAAGAACAGUUGGAAAAGAAUCAUGAAGAACAUGCUGCUGAAGCUGGUCCGUGCUCCUCUAAAUGGCAAGAAGCAUCUGUGAACGAAAUGUUUCUUGAUUUUGAAUCGGUACAAAUUAUUAAAGAAGAUGCUGAAGAUGAUAGUGCCAGUGAUCUCUCUGAUUCAGAAAGGAUUCCCAUUCCUCCCUCUCCCUGCACACCACCAGAACUCAUACUCAGAGCUGAAGAAAUUGAUCCAGUUUGUUUGGAACGUGUUCCUGAUACGGGUUUUAAAGACUCAGAAUUUUACUACCCAGACUUCCUGCCGCCCCCUUUUAACUCAUGGGACUUGAAGCAACUGGCCAUCUUUGUUAAUGUAGAAGGUAGAUCUGAACUUCGACCAAAGCCAACUGGAUUUCUUGAAAAAUACAUUGAUCGUCUUUUGCAGCUGGAGUGGCUGCAAAUGCAGACUGUACAGAAUGAGAAAGCAAAGUCAGCCAAAGCCAGACCACAGACUGCUCCCAGCUCUGUACGUACCCUAAAAAGCCCUGGCAAAUGCAAAGCAUCGCUUAGCCCUUUGCCUAACAAACAAAUGGUUCCCCAGGAAACUGUUACAAAACUCCCCACGUGCUAUUCAGGUCACAGGGUAGAUCCAUGCUGUGAAGAAAGUCAACGGUUUUAUUCACAUCCAGGGCACUUGAAACCAUCUGAAAGAAUGGGACAUGCGAUGUCUUCUCAGAGACAGUCUGGUGAAGUAAGAAAUGAACUGAAAAAAACAAAUGCAAAGCAACAGCUUCUCAAUAUGCAGCCAUCUGAGAACAAUUCUAAAAUUCAAAGUGUUGGUAAUAUCAGACCCCCUAAGCAAGCACCAGCAUUUCAUGGUUCAGCUGCUCCUAUCAAAGGCUUAAAAACAUAUGCAUGUACAAACACAAAGAAAAAUGGCAAUGCUAACAAUUAUGUUCCUUCUAAAAAAUCAGCCGGGGACAGAAAAAUAAAAACAAAUGGCACAAAGCAGACAUCACGGAAAUUUAAGUGAAAAGUUUAUUAGUUGAUGUUUCUUGACUGCUAGAAAGUGUUUGGCCAAUGCAGAAGGGUCAUGUUAUCUUCAUAGGAAGAUCCUGAGAAAAUAUGUUCUUGAUUCAUAGUUCUAAGUCAGCACUGUUCAUUUCAAUACAUUUGAUCUUAAGCCAGCAAGAAAUCUUCUCCCUGAAGGCAAGUCUUCCAUUGGUCUUUCCUUCAGCAUAUUGACAAUUGCUCAAGAGUAUGAAAGUUUAGAGAUAUACACAGUUAUAUAAUGUCCUCCUAUUUGCACCAAUUGAAGUUUGCUGAAGUCUGUAGUGUUUCUUCUGCACUCCUUUUUGUGCAUUUGAGAGAAUAGGAUCUGAGCUCUUUAAAAGAGAUGUUAUUUUGUGACAGGUUUCAUAGUGUUUUGUUCUGAUGGGAAAGGGCUCAAUUGUUUUUAUAAAAUAAUGGAGCAGCUUAUCUAUGCAAAGUGAAACUAAUUCUUCAUAGGAGAUGAUGAAUUUUUGGAUGAAUUGGAUGUGGUUUUUUUGCUAGGAAGAAGAAUGGAGAUAAUGUACUGGAAUAUUUUAAUACUAAAAGGAUUUUUUUAAAGACAGACAUUUGUUAGAGAGCAGACAGCUUCAAUAGUGGCAGAUUAAUAAAAUCAAAUGCAUAUUUUUAUACCCAGAAAACUUCACUGUUUACAGACAGCGUUCCUUCAUGUUCAUUUUGUAAACCUUGAAUAUUUCAAAUUGCACGUGGAUAUUGAUGACUAAUGCCAAAUGAAAAUAUUACUGCACAAUCUGUGACCUAAUGUUCAAAACUGGUAAGCUCUCAAAAUCCAGAAAAUAGACUCUUAGGUUAUGAGCUUGAAGACCAAUGUAAGUUCAAGCAAAGAUAUAUUUUGAUACAAAAAAUACCUAUUCUUAGCCACCUGUGAUGACUAUUCUCUAUUCCAUGGCCCAGCCUGUGUCAGUUUGAUUUGCUUCUUACCUGAAGAUUUAGACAAGUGGCAUGGGGAAAUACCAUAAAAUUGUUCAGCCAGAGUUGAGUUCUGUCCUUAGACCCUCUGAUUCUUCUUGUGUCUGGGAUACAGGAGAAUAUGAAAGUAAUUCAGCGAGUAUUCAAGUGUCAGUUCAGCUCUUAGCUGGGGACACUAUUUUGUUGAAAAUCUAGAAAUUUUUUUGAAGUUUGAUUUUUAAAUGAAAUACUGAACACCAUUUGUUCAUCCUCAGCCACCUGUCACAGUGAACUGUUGAUGAGAAGUAAGCUGAGGUCUGACAGACUGGAUUUUUACAAGUGGAUCCUUCUCAUUCCUAUAGCUAGUGAGAAACCAUCAGUUACUAUAGAAUAUACUAUGUACAUAGUUAAACUGCACUUGUCUUGGUGAUCUCAUCUCUCUUGGUCUUAAGAUGCUUAGCUGUUUCUGUUCUUUCAUUGUGUCUACUAGGUCUUCAGCUUUGUAAAAUUUCCAAGCAUGGAUUUAUAUAUAGUUCAAAAUGUGAGAAUAUUGAUAAAUGUAGUAAUAAACCAGAGUAUUUUACACAAAAACAAUGCUCAGGAAUAGACUUAAGAAAUAUUUUUAGUGGCUUUUUCCUAGUUACUGGAGACCAAAUGUGAAAUUUUAAAUUGAUGAAAGAAACACUUUUAAUAUACAGUAUUAUGUUUCCAUAUGCAGUAUUUGUUAGGAUACAGUUAAAGUAAAUGGUAGUUGCUUCUACAUUCUGUGCUAUGCAAUUAAAGUGGAACUUAAUCUCAUGUCCUCAAAGAUCAUAUAAGUUGGCUGUCAGAGGUGUGGAGAAACUUACAGGCUGGCAUUCAAAUACCAGCAGCUGCAGAGCAUUAGCACAUGCUUGUGUUACAGUUUUAUCCUUUUGUAUUGUUCCAGACUCUUCCUGUAUUUCAGCUGCUUUAGAUGGAAAGGGUUUUGCAUCCAGUGCUGGGAUUUCAAGCUUUUGCCAAAUUCUAUGAGCCUUCAUUAGCAGUUUUACUGAUUUACAUUAAGAUUAGGAACAGUCGGAUUGCUCUUGCUGAUGAGCACGAUUUUAGUACGCUAUUUUAGCACACUGUUGUAAGCUCCAAAAGCAAGGUGAGCAGGAUCAGAAUGGCAGAUUUUUUAAACACAUCUUCGUAGAUGCAGUAAUUAGUUUAGUGUAUUAUUAUAAUGCUGAAUAUUAAUUAGCAUAUGCAAAAUUACCUCUGAUAUGUUGCUUUAUAUUGGUGCUUCCUCAGGUUACAAGGAGAGCAUGAAGAUACACGCACGUUUUGCAUGGUAACUUCUUAAAGAACAAACAGUGUUUCAGUCAGCUCUGACCAGAGCAAACUCAACUGGCAGAGAAUUUUUUUUCUUGCAGACCUAGGAAUUAGAAAAUUCUGUUUUAAUGUAUUGCUUGCGGUCUAAUGCACAUCUAAUGCAAACCUGUUGCUGGAGACUUUCUAAAAAUUAAAUAAGCAGAAGUAGUGAUGACAUUGAAAAUAAAUUGAAUACUUGUUCAUCACUCAUUGGCUGUGGUCUGGACAAACAAAGUUUAUCUCACAUAAUAGUUCUUGUUCACUGAUUUGAUAAUUAUACAGUAAAGUCUACUUUGUUUGCAUACAGAAAUAGAAAUUCUGAUUUUUACCUCAAAAAUAAUUAUUUAAAUGGGAGAUCUGCAAGUGUUGGAAUUGAUCCAGCACCGGUUUUGCUUCCAUUUUAGCUUGUCUGUGUUCUGGACCUGUAGCUGAAAAGAACUCCCUCUAUAAAGAAGACUAUGAUUUAUCUUUCUUUGAUUUUGUAUUAAUGGGCAUUCUCUUUAGAAACAGAAUAUAGCAGAAAUGUUUAUUUCAUCAAAUACAUUCCAUUUGGAAUUAAAAUAUUUCCAUAGCAUAGUGUUUGUGUGGCUAUUUCUGUAUUUUCACUGUAUUUAGCAAUAUGUUCUUAUGUUUAUGUGUUUUUAGCACUGACAAUACUUCUUGAAGAAGUGAUUUGAGAUAUUUAAAUUGAGUGGGAUUUUUUCCUAGAUAUUGUAAAGGUUUAUUACAAAACUAAUAGCCUCAGGUUGCAUUUUAAAUAAAUACUCAGUCUACUUCAGUUACACAAGUAUGAGCUAGGAACAGCUCUUGUUCUCAAUGAAAUUACUUGGUUACAAAGAUGUAACCCAACAGUUUUGCUCCAAUACGUAUGAAUGGUUUUCCAUAGCACUGCUAUGUAGUAUUUUUAAUGUAUAAUGGAAAGGAUUUUAAAACAAAUCUGUUUUGCUCUCAAGACACUUUUUUCCUCCAUUACUUUUGUCUCUUUAGUCAAAUACUGUGGUCAGCCAUGGUUUCACCCCUUUGCACUCCUGCACAGCCUGCGGUAGCUUACAAUUGAAGGCGCUGGUUCUGAUGUUUCUGCACCAUGCCUUCAGAUCUUCAUUUUGUUAUCUACACAGACAUAAAGCUUCAGCAGUUGCUCACUUAGAAGUUAUGCUUCAAACAGGGAUUGUUACUGUGUGAGCAAAGCAUGCAAUACUGGGAAAAGAGGCACUGUGAGUGAAAGAGCCUGGAAAGGAAGUGUUCAAUCAGUCCCUGCUACUGGUUCAGCAUGCUGAAUCACAGCAUGGCCACUUGCUGGUUAAGUGGAUUGCAUUUCUCUUUGCAAAUGGGAGAUUACCUUUGCUGGUACAAAUUCGGUGUACUGGAAUUACAGUACUUCUCAAAGAGGCCAAAAGAUUCAGCAGUACUUUUUCUAAGUUGAGUUUAGCAUAAAACAGGUGGCCAGAAGCAGGAGCUCUUACCUCCCAGGAGCACCUCUUCCAGGAUGCUGUGGCUGCAGUUCUGUUGCACAUGUGCUACCAACACCCUUCUGUCAUCUGCUUCUGACAUGUGCAAUGUGAUGGAAGAGGGGAAUAAUGCUGCACAGGAUAACUAUGCUUAUAUCCCUGUACUAAAAUGUCUUGUUUGACUUCAUCCUUCUUAAUUAUGCUGCAAUUUUAUUAUUCUUCUGUCCUUUCUUGUGUGUUACUUAUUGUUGACUGAGGUAACUUUUGUAUUUCUCAUUUAAAGGAAUUUAUUAGAAGGUUCAGAAUAGUUUGGCUGACUUAUUUAAAUGGGUAUGUGAUACCUUCUUUGGAAUUGAUAUAGUUAUCAAUUCUAUAGUGUGAAACUGCCUGUAAUGUACUCUUUUUUUUUUUUUGGCCCUUGUUUUGAAACAUUGUCUUUUCUUUAUUGCUCCCACUGGAAUUAUUAUUGGGUUUCCUCAAGAAAAAUAAUUAAAAUAGGCCAGUUUUUUGGAGCCCAGGUUUUGAUGUUGGUAAUCAUUUGUCCUUUUUUAUUCAAAGCUUUUGUGGUUAUUUUUGCUGAAAAUUUCAUUGGAAAGUGAUCUUGUAAUUUAAAGUUACUGCCUAUUAGCUACAUUAAAAAUGAGAUGUUGCCUA